UAUCCGAUCCUAAGUUUUAUAAUUUUUUUUUUAAUUCAAAUUUUAAAUAAGAAAAUAUAUUAUUCAUUAAAAAAGCUUUUCAACAAGUAAAAAAAAAAAGCAUUUUCCGGCAUCUUCGGCACUUCCAAACGUAACGGCUCCAAUGGGCACUUCGGUCACACCACGAGAAAUUUUGAAAAUGAGAAGCGAAGCAGAAUCCAACACUGUCCGUUCAGCCGAGAAAAAAAAAAAAACUCUCUGUCUCUCUAUCUCUCUCUCAGUCGUGGAAAGCCAAGUAAUCAACGCAGAAGGAGGAAAGAAGAUGCAAGAUCUAUUCGGAUCGGUUCGGCGUUCUUUCUCUCUCCGAUCGAAUCCCGCAGGAAACGAUGGCGGCGGCGGCGGCCCUGGCAGCCGCAUUGUGGAAAGGAUCGGAUCGCGUUUGAGGAAAUCGAAGGUGGGGUUGGGCCUAGGGUUAGGUUUAUCACCCAAACUCUCUGCAUCCCCCAAUGGUCUUUCUCCGAAGGAGACCAACGAUGAUGCCUCUCCGAUCCGGUGGAGAAAGGGCGAGCUAAUUGGCUGCGGCGCCUUUGGCCAUGUCUACAUGGGGAUGAAUCUAGAUUCUGGGGAGCUUCUCGCUGUAAAGCAGGUUUUGCUCGGGAAUAGCAAUGCCUCCAAGGAAAAGGCCCAAGCUCAUAUAAGGGAACUUGAAGAAGAAGUGAAGCUUCUCAAGAACCUAUCCCAUCGGAAUAUUGUCAGAUAUUUGGGAACUGUGAGGGAAGAAGAAACCUUAAAUAUAUUAUUGGAGUUUGUACCGGGCGGUUCCAUUUCAUCGCUGCUGGGAAAAUUUGGGUCAUUCCCUGAAGCUGUUAUAAAAAUGUAUACCAAGCAGCUAUUGCAGGGACUGGAAUAUCUUCAUAAGAAUGGAAUUAUUCAUAGAGAUAUAAAGGGUGCAAAUAUUCUUGUUGAUAAUAAAGGAUGCAUCAAACUUGCAGAUUUUGGCGCAUCUAAACAAGUGGCCAAGCUGGCUACAAUGACAGCAGCGAAGUCAAUGAAAGGCACACCUUACUGGAUGGCUCCAGAAGUAAUUCUUCAAACAGGGCAUACCUUCUCUGCGGACAUAUGGAGUGUUGGUUGUACUGUUAUUGAGAUGGCUACUGGAAAACCUCCAUGGAGUCAGCAAUAUCAAGAGGUUGCAGCUUUAUUUCACAUUGGGACUACAAAGUCACAUCCUCCCAUUCCAGAGCACCUUUCAUCAGAAGCCAAGCAUUUUCUCUUGAAAUGUUUGCACAAGGAACCAAAGUUGAGGCCACCUGCAUCAGAUUUACUUCAGCAUCCUUUUGUUACAGCAGAUUUUGAAGAUUCACAGUUAGUUCAUCACUCCACAGCAACGGAAUCGAAAGCUGUAGUUCCAGAUACCAAAUCUUACAUGAAAGAUCGGAGUUUCAGAGAUGUUGAGCACAGUGGGGGCUACACUGAUCAGCUUUCUAACCUCAGACCUAUUUGGGACACAAAUUCCAGUGAUGAUGAUAUGUGCCAAAUUUUUGACAAGGAUGCAUUUCCAGGGGUUGGAUCCAGUUUUAAUCCCAUGUCAGAGCCAUUUGAUGAAUGGCCAUCCAAAUUUGAUGCAAAUCCAGAGCAUGUAAAAACAUACUUUGAUAACUUGGGUGAAUCAUCGAAUGGGGAGAAUAAAUUCACAUUCCCAUGCGAGCCUACAUGCGAGGAAGAUGAUUAUGAAGUCACAGAAGGGAAAAUCAGAGCUUUCCUAGAUGAAAAGGCGCUUGAUUUGAAGAAGUUACAGACACCACUAUAUGAGGAGUUCUUCAACAGCUUAGGCGCCAUUCCUGAGGCAUUUGAUAGGAAAGUUGGAGAUGAAUAUGGUGAAGGCGAAGCAGAAGUACCUUCUAAAAAUUCAAAACCAUUUUCUAACAAGAUUACUAGUGAUCAAUCAACCUUUUGUGCUGAUAUUGCCACUGUUGGGAGCCCAACUGUUCUAAAUACUGGCUUAGAGAGCAAUCCUGUUCUUCGAGAAAUUCCUUCAGCUCAACUCAACGAGCGGGGAGGGCCUCUUCAGGAUUCUCAGCCAGAAGCUAACAGCCCAAGGCGCAAAAAGUGGAAAGAAGAGUUGGACCAAGAGCUUGAAAGGCAAAGAGAAAUUCGCCUGGCUAACGGAGUUGGUAAGUUUUCUCCAUUACAUAGAUGUGCAAGUCGAAAGCAAGAUCGAAUGCUGUUCAUGUCACCAAGGAAAUAAGCUUGGUAAAGGUGUUCCUUGAGAAGAUUUCUAGGGCUUCAAACAUAGCGAAUAGCCAUAUACAGAUGAGC